CGUUUCGGCAGCGCAUCAGUUCCGGCAUUCGUUUCUUUCUAUUUAAUCAUCAUCUGCAGUAGGGCUUAGGGCAAAUUGCCAACCUUUUUCUUCAUUACCUUCACCUCCUCUGAGGCUUUUCUAUGCUAUUACUAUGCUAACACUUCUUCCAGGCUCGUAUUGCGACGUAUGCGCAGAGGAAUUCUCUUCACAGUGCCUUCCUCACACAAUACCUUGUGGCCAUGUAUUGUGUGCAAGCUGUUGCAAUAGUAUAGUGGAAAAGACCUCCCCGCGACUCUCACCUGUCUGUCCUUUUUGUCGAGAACAAUUUACAAUCGACGCUGUUCGUUUAAUUCGUACGGACUUUUCAUCGAGUGGAUGGAACACACCACGACGCCUCCCUAAAUCUCUUGACAUGUCUCCGAACGACUCUGUAGCUGAUUUAUGGUCCAGGAGAGAGGAGAAGUUGUUAUUUUCUGAGGGUGCUUCCUCGCGUACGCGAGACGAAGCUCGACGUUUGGAAGACAAAGUCGCCAAGGUCGCAGCUAAAAAAUGCUCAGUUGAAGAGGUUACCUCCCUUCAACAGGAGCUCGAGCAAUGGCUGAAGUCCGCCUCCAAGUUGGACGAUCAGACAUGUUCACUCUAUCUCAGUGCCGCUUUAUUACGAGCUAUCCUGACGAACCAUGUCGCCCAUGCUGAGGCCAGCAAAAUUGCCAAAAGUCUUGAGCAGAACCUCAAACUCAAAUUGGAGGAUUUUGAAAAGGCGAACAAAAAUCUCGAGCUGGAACUUCAUCGUCAACGCCGAGAGUACAGUCAAAAAGUCCAGGAAUGCGCAUCGUUGAGGACUGAGGUUAGCCGUGUCAAAGCUUUGGCCAGCACGCUGGGCACGAUCCCCAGUCCUCCUGCUGAACCUCGGCCACGAGCGAUGUCACCUCCCCCUUCAGCAACACCAUCAUCCGCACCUUCACUCUUACGAUAUAAUUCACUUCACGCUAGAUCCACGUCAAUGCAUGCUUCACGACCAUCCACGCCUGCUUAUUCUGUACGAUCCCAUACGCCAUCUUUACGAUCCCAAACGCCUGCUCCGAUGCGCCUACCAACGCCGUCGCCCCAACAAAUACGAUCUCAAACUCCUGCGCCACCAGUCCCGACUAGGCCUCGUCGCCUUUCACUGUCCUCCCCACCCAAAAUGACCCGCUCUGUCUCAGAGGAGAAGCAAGAAAUGCAUGAACGCUGGAUCCCCCCAAGGAACCCAGAAGAUGACAUUUCCUCGGUCAAACCUUUUCGGCACUCUCGUGCAGGGUCUGUGACUCCGAAGUCCCGUUUUGCACGAUCCCCAUCACCAAGUCGUUAUUAAUUGUUUACUACGACGCGGAUCGUUUUUUUUUACUGUCUCGGAUACCUAUUAUUUCACAUCAUAAUAUUUUCCCUGAUGCUCUUUUCAUCCUUUUCUCCUGUACAAUUUCCCGGACUUUCGAUACCUGGCCGUCAUUCUCUGCUUCUGCAAACACCUGUAUAUAUACUUUGAUU